AUGUCGAACGACACCGAGUCCCUCGACAUGACCGAGACACAGAGCAUGCCCGACGUGGACGCUCCCUCGCCGUCGCCAGUGGCCAACCGGCCCUUCAAGUCGUUCAAGCGGAAGUACGGGAAGCAGAAGAUCAAGUUCGAGCUGGCGAUGCGAGACGGCACGGCUCUCGUGCGUGAAGAGAUGAGGAUCCAGGACCUGUCGAAGCGGCUGAGAGAGCAGAACGACCAGCUACUCGAACUGCUACUCGAGUUGAACAACACUGUGCACAUUCCUCGAUCUCUCCGCUACGGCCUCACCAGACAGGAGGACUCGCGGCUACACACGACCAUGUCCGAACCAACCGACUCGAUCCCCGUCAUCGAAUGCGACGCCCAGACUGCCCGCGCCAAACUGAACGAGGCCAAACAGAAGCUUCUGGCGGGCGAGAUGACAGCAGACGAGUGCAGGGAACUCGAGCUGUCCAUGCUGAAAAGCAGUACCUUUGCGCCAUCGACCAGCAUCUCGUCCCUCCUGGCGAGCGUGCCGCAUACCUCACUUUCAAGUGAGGAUUGCCCGGAUAGCGAUAUCGACUCUUCUCUCGGUUAUAUCCAUCCAGAGGACGACCUCGACUACCCGGUCCCCGGCACGGAAGUUCAUAUAGACCUCACCAGUGCCCGCGCCAGCAGCAAGCACUUGUCUCCAGCUGACAGGGAGAAAGCAGCCAUCAUCCGCAACCCUUCGUCCGUGUAUAACUGGCUACGCAAGAACAAACCUCAGGUCCUCACCCAUGACCCCGAAGCUCCUCCUGCCGGCAACUCGGCUUCAGGCACGGCGGCUGGAACGGCUCAGUCAGAGAAGCCGGCUGCAACACCACGGCCGAGCUCCACGCGCACGUCAAAGCGUGCUUCAGCCCAGAUACAGCGAGACGAAGAGGUAUACGACGACGACGGCAUGUUGAUCGAUGUUGCCGAGCCAGCUGCGGCUGCGAGCACAAACAACGCUGCCAGUGGAAGUGCCAGAGGGAAGAGGAAGCGAGACGAGGAUGGCGUCUAUCACCCUAAGGGCGGGAACCGUGGGAAGAAGAAGAAGGAAGACAAGCGCACCAAACGACCGUCUACGGCUUCGGCUGCGGCUUAA